AUGGGCUCCCUUCCAGAAACAUCAAACGCCGUGCGUGUUCUCAUCCUCGGAGGCUGCUACGGUGGUCUAUCUGCUGCCGUCAACUUGCUGGAUCUGAGUCAGGGUUACUCUCCCCGCAUGAACUCUGAGCCAUAUACCCACCACCCCAACCUGCCUACCUUCAAUAUCGAGAUCACCAUUGUCGAUCAAAGAGAUGGCUACUACCACUUGAUCGGCUCUCCCAUGGCCCUCGCCGACUCCAACUUCUCCAAGAAGAACUGGGUCAAAUACUCCGACAUUCCCGGUCUCAAGGAUCCUAGAAUCAACAUCAUACAAGGCUCAGUCAAUGGAGUCGACCCUGCUUCAAAGAAAGCUAUCAUCUCAGCCCACCUUACCGAAGAGAAAUCCACUCUCGAAUACGACUACCUUGUUGCUGCCACAGGUCUCCGCCGAGUCUGGCCCGUCGUUCCACAGUCCUUGACUCGAAAGCAAUAUCUCUUUGAAGCUGAAAACCACAUCAACGCCGUCCAAAAUGCAAAGCACGGCGUCGUUGUGGUCGGCGGAGGUGCCGUCGGUAUUGAGAUGGCAGCCGAGCUUAAGAUGGUCAAGCCUCACCUCAACGUAACUCUUGUUCACUCGCGUGAUAAGCUUCUGUCGUCUGAGGGUCUUCCUGACGAGACCAAGGAUGUGGCACUGGAGCUGCUCCGUGAGGCUGGUGUUGAGGUCCUCAUGAACCACCGCCUAGCUUCCAAGAACAAGGUUGAGACCACCGACGGCAGCGAGAAGUACGAUGUCGAGUUCACUAACGGUCACAAGAUGUCUGCCAGCGUGGUUAUCAUGGCCAUCUCCAGGAGUGUUCCCACCACCACAUAUCUGCCCACCUCAGCACUCGAUGAGGAGGGCUUUGUCAAGAUCAAGCCCAACCUUCAAUUCGAACAAGGCACACCGAACGCCGAAUCCCACUACGCCGCUGGAGAUAUCACCAGGUGGCCUGGUAUCAAGCGAUGUGGCGGCGCCAUGCAUCAAGGCCACUACGUCGCACUAAACAUCCAUCAGAACAUCCUCAGCCAGCGAGCUGGGCACAUUCCCUCAUAUAAGGAGAUUGCAGUCUACCCACCUGUUAUUGGUCUAGCAGUUGGCAAGAAGGCUGUUGCUUCUAGCCCAGACACCGGCACCACUGCCGGAGAGGAUGUACUCCAGUCCUGUUUCAGAGAUGAUUUGGGCUGGACCAUUUGCUGGAAUUACAUGCAGCUUGGUGGUCGCAAGACGGACGAGGCUAAGGCUUGA